AUGAAAUACACUAGAUGUAGAAAUGUCUAUGUCAUGGAGGAUGAAAACAAUGUUAAAUUCACUGCUCAAGAUUUAUAUGAUAAAAAAGCUGACAAAACAGAGCUUCAAACGUUAAAGACAGAAAUACUUCAAACAGUAUAUCCUAUAGGUUCUAUUUACACGUCAAUGAACUCUACCAAACCAGAAGUAGUACUUGGUUUUGGAACUUGGACUCAAAUAGUCGACAGGUUUUUGUAUUGUGCAAACUCUUCAAAGGAAACAGGUGGAAGUAAAACGAUUUCAGGUGCAAAUUUACCUGCGCACAGUCACUACAUAGAUUUAAGUACAUCUGAAGCAGGUUGGCAUAAGCAUAGAUUUUGGGAUUGGUCAGCAAUGAAAAAAGGUAAAGGAUAUGAUGUUAAAGACGACGUUCAGUUUGCUAUAAAUUGUUUCUGGGGUAGCACACAGGGAGAAGGAAACCAUACACAUCGCGUUUCAGGGUAUACACAAACAACGGGACAAAGUAAAGACUACAUGCCACCUUACAUGACAGUUUACGCAUGGUAUAGAAACGCUUAG